ACCUGGCUAUCCGGUGUGAUUGGUGUGACGCGAAGUAAGAGAAGGUCCCUUUGUUUGGCGUUGGGAACUAAAUUCGGCGCUCUGGGACCAUGAAGAUGCAAUUGUGACCUUGUAGCAGAUAGUGUGUUGGGUGGCCUUCACUUUGGACAAUCAUGGAUUUUGAUUCAUCUUCCAAGUUCAUUGCAUCUCUUGCAAAAUUUCUUCAAUCGCUAUGCAAUGGCUAUGUUGAAUUCGACAAGGGCGUUGAAGUUAUUGGCCAUAUUUAUUUGAAUGUUGAUAGUGAUACAGGCAGAAAAAUAGACUACGUUCUCAAUGAAAAAGUUUGCAAGAAUGACAACUCUGUGACAUUCAUCAGCAACAGUUUUCAUGCACAGCCUGCUGAGAAACCAAAGCCACCCAAAAAGGCAGCAGAAAGUGACAAGCAAAAUGAUGAAACUGUGGAUGAAACGGGUCAGACAGUGCCAAACAGUACAAAUGUUGGCACUAUAGGGUCUUACAGAACUCCUUCAAGGGGGCAACAAGACUCUUCUUACUCUCCUGGUUCCAAACGACCGGGAUCACCUCUGCAACGGAGAGGGAAUAUGGGCAGAGGUUUCAUGGGAAAUUCAGGAAAACAUGGCAUGCCACAGUCUCCACGGUAUCAAGAUUCAGGAGGGCUGGGCAAAAUGGGAAGAAGCGAUAUUCCCCCUAGUCCAAAAAAUAGUGCUGGAGAUGACUAUGAUGGUUCCAAUGUCUUUCAGUCAGGUGGUGAAGAUGAUGACAAUUAUUCCUCAAAUUUUUUGAACCCAGAACAAAAUUCCUCCCAAGAUGUUGACCAAAAACCAGUUAUAGACCCUGAUAUCAGUAUUGUAAAAGAAGAAUAUAUGUCCGGCCAGCAGAGCAGCUGUGCGUAUUCAGGGAACAGUCAAACAUCAGGUCCUGGUAGGGGGGGGAAAAUGCCGGGUCAAUCAGCUUAUCCUGUGAUGCUUCAUCAAAAUCCUUCCUCUAACUUCCCAAGUGCUCCUUCAUCAUCCCACCAUUCUGAUAUGUAUGCAGGUUCUUCAUUAGAAGGAACGGGUGACCCGUCAGGGUUGACCCGUGCCCAACAAGAAGAGCUUGAAAUGUAUUAUAGAAAAGGAACAGAUCAGCAUUUAACUUUCUUGCGCAAUAUGCGUGAGGCUCAUGCUAUGUACCCUUUUACGGGUAAGCGUGAUAAAGAGCUCUUUGACAAGGCAUUAGCUGAGCUAGUGAAUCGCCAACCAAUUCUGGGACUUCACAUACGUCGUUUGGUUUCAAAAUUCUGCACAAGAACAGCUGAAAUUCGCUAUGAAGAAAGGAGGUCACUCUGGAGAUGUCGAAGGAGAGGCCAAUUUAAAUCCCCCGGUCAAAGUCCCCGCGGCCCCCAGUUUGGCCGCCAACACUUUCCCCCUCACAUGAGCCAGCAAGGCUACCCUUAUCAGCAGAGCCCAGGAUAUCCUGGCAUGGAGAGAAGAAUGUCCUCAACGGCAUCAGAAGGAGGUGACAGCUUGCUCCAGGCGCCGGGUGAAGAGAGUUAUGACUACCAGCAACUCGCCUCUGAUGACAGCCAGGGCACCCAGCACUCCACCUCGGAGGGCAUGCAGCAACACCCCGGCUUCCAUGGAGCCUUUGGAGAUAACAAUGGCACUGGUACUGACCAGGUUCCGAGAGACCCGGGUGAUGGAAGUGGGCACGGGGGUGGCCAGCCUCCGGACGGGGGUGGGGGCAAUGGUCAGCCUCCUGGAAGUCCUCCCGAUAUCAAGUACGAAGUCACACCCAUGAGCUUUAUGAAAACGGAUGAUUUUGAAUUGAUAGAAAUAGAUCCAGAUGAUGAUGAUGAUAUUUAGAAUUGGAAAUUGUCUUGUUGUUUGGUGUUCCCCUUGAAAUAUCUAGACAUGUAUUCAGGUGAAAAUCAUGGCUGUCAUUCACUGAAUAUUAUUUCUCAGUUGUUUUUUUUGUGUCUCUCUCUCCCCCAUAAGGAAUUAUGAGUAGAUAUUUACAACAAUUUUUCAAUCAUGUGAGGCAAAUGUCCCAUUAGGUUACUGUUCAACUCUAAGUUUGUUUAGUGUCAUCUUGGAUUUUGAUUUGAUGAGUAAAAUUUAAUUCAGUGUUUAUCUGAACUUAACUGCGUGAGUGAAUCUUCGUCGUUUUUUAAGUGGAACAAAAUCAAAUUGAUAAGCAGUUCUGCAACAAGAACUUCCCAUGAUAUUUUUUCUGAGCCCAAUGUCUAUGUUGAAUCAGCUCAUUGUUGUCAUGGCAUGUGUCACGUGAAGGAUGAAAGUUUCAGAUUACCCUAUGUUUUUAUGCAUGAUUUGGAUGUGUUUUUAUGUGUAUUCUGUUGUGAGCUACAUUUUUACUCUUUGUGCUUUGUAAGGAAUUUGUGUUUUAGGUUGAAAGUCUUAAUAAUAUUCACUGAAAAAUGUAAGAUUCAUAGCUUUGAUCUUAAGAGCAGAACAGUUUAGAAACGCAAACCAAUAAAAAAAAUUCUCUAAAAACUCACUGAGUGAAUUUCAAGGAAGUCUUUGCCCCUUCAUUGCCAGGAGAUAUGUGUUCCUUCUGUCAGCACUGAUUUUCAGCUAAGCUUGUUAGCCAGGACAGUAGUCUCCUGUCUCAAUGUUACUGGAUUCUCGCCUCAAGAUCUUGCACAUUCAUGACACUUUUUUGACCCUGAGGACUUUCCUCAUUCCCUAUACUCCAAAUUUUGUGCGUAAAUUUAGAAAAACUUGCAAAUGUAAGGUGACCAGGUUCCAUACGUUUAAAAGGCAACUAUGGGAUUAAAAAAGAUACUUGUAGCCAGAUUAUAGGCUGCCACUGUAACUUUUUUGUUCUUAAAAUGGACCAGUUGUGGAAGUGAUUUUUGAAAGCUGUGUCUAUAGUCUUGAACAUUUGAUUUUUAUGUAUUUGAUCAAUCUACAAUGGUCUACAUUUUUAAGUCUUGCAAACUAACCAUAGUACUCAUAAAAUACCUGGCUGGUUGUGGCAAGGGGCAAUUUUGUUGUGUUUAAAAGUGAGAUUUUUUUUUUUUUUUCUCUUGUUUAAAAAUGUUUCUGUGUCCUGUCUGAGAAUCUGUAUAUGACACUUGACUAAGUGAAUGUAAAUAUGGGAAUAUAGUAUAAUCAGAUAUGAAUGCUAUACUUAUUUCAGACCUGCCACCCGUUAAGGUACAGUAUAAGAAAUUUUGCUUUCUGCCUUGGGUUACAGUUUUAGCGAUUUAGACCUCUAGUUACAUUUAAAAAAUUGGAAUUGAUGGUCUUCAUAUUUAUGUGCUGAUAUAUUUUGAUAAAAACCUUGAAUCUUUUAAAAGAGUUUGAGUGGACAAUUUUGACAAUAUUCAUAUAUUGAAAUUUAGAUGUAGGAGUCAUAACACAAGGAGUAGUAGCUUUUCGGGGGAGUGAUCAGUUAUGAUUGUCCGUUCGGGCACGAAGUUGGGGCAAAGGUGUCAUUUUUCAAAUUUAGUUGAGGGUUUGCAUUGUUCAUUGUCUAAAGGUGGCAGGCCUGUCAUUUUAGGUUUUGACAACUUUGGGUGAAAAUUGUUCUCCUGUCGCAUUUGAUUUUUAUAUGCCUAUUCUGUAAUUGUUGCUGAAAUUAUAAAUUUUAUCCUGAAAUGUUUCUUUCAGAUUCAAAAUCUCAAGUUAUUGCAUGAUGUUGCCGCAUGGUUGUUCAUAAAGUUGUCCGAAGACAUACUCUUUUUUUUUUUUUAUAAAAGUAUAAAACGGUUUACAAAGGGCAGAUCAGGUCAAUGCAUGUCUGUAAAGAAUCACUUAUGACAAGUUUUUUAAAAAUUGCGCUCAAUGAGGGUAGUGCUUGUCGUUUGAUUUUGCUACAUUCAUAUUGGUGACUUCCGCAUGUAAUGUAUUUCAGUUACAAGAGAUGUCACAUUUUUUUUACUUAUUAUGUACUCUAGCAAAUACUUACCUAAGCCUAUUUUGUGCUGAAUCUCGCUAAUAAAUGUUGUAAAAUAUAGAACAGCAUUUUGUGAAUGGUACUUUUUCUCAAAGCAGAGAAAUAAGCCAGUGUGGUUCUUGUAUGAGCAGUUAAUUGAGUGUAUGGUCUUGCGGUUCUGUCCAUUCUGUAGUAGCUAUUUGUAUGACUGGGAACUCUCGGAGGUAAGCCCAGCGACGACUAGGAUGGGCUAUGCAAGAACACUCAAGAGUGAUAAGUUGUUUUCAUUUUUCAUUGUUUUGUAUGGCUCUGGGAUUUGUGUUUGUCAAUAAUUUCAGUAAUGUGCUAUUAUUACUCAUGACGUAUACAGGAACUAGUGACAAUGGUGCAUAUAUAUAUUGAUUUAUCUUGUAAUGAUUCCUCAUUCAUUUUUUAAAAAAAUGUUCUGUUCUUUUCUGUUUCCCAGACAGUUGUCUGUUGUUACAGCAAUAAAUAUGAUAAAACUAA